GUCUUGACAGUGACAGUUGUUCUUCACAACUUUAUAAAACAGCUGUGUUUAAAAUAAAAUGUUCUUUUAGUGGUUUUAAACUUUUACUUGCAACAUCAAAUUAUUUAUUAGUACGGAAAAUGAUAAUUAGACAUAGUUAUUUAUAAACCAGCGAGUAAAAUUUUAGUAUUCACUUAUGUAAUGUUAAAAAUAUACGUACGUACGUAACUUGAAUAAAAAUGUUUUCGCGGAAUUCUUGUAUUCGAGUGUUAUUUUUGGCGAAGCGAUCUUGGCGGUGCUGUUAUCGUUGUGCUAAGUCGUUAUCAUCCCAGGCGAAGGAAAAACCCCUCGCAAAUGAAGGUCCUUGGAGUUUGUACUCGCAGAGAGUGUCUGAAGGUCUACUCAGCAAGGAUCCUCACCAACAGAUGGUAGUACAACAUUUGCAAGAUCUAUACCAAGAAGUUUCGUUAUUCCGACGACCUAUUAUCCAACCCAGGAUUGGUGAAUCAUUUUUCAGCAUAUUUAGAAGGAAAGAGCCAGAGAAAAUAAUAGCACCAAAAGGCUUGUAUAUCUAUGGGAGUGUUGGUGGUGGGAAAACAAUGUUAAUGGAUUUGUUUUAUGAAACAGCCCCUAUUAAAGAAAAACUCAGGGUUCAUUUCAACUCCUUCAUGUUAAAUAUUCAUGCAAGAAUACAUGAACUUAAAAUUAAAUCAGGAAAAGGCGCAAGUUCUUUCAGAGAUGAAGGCUCAAAGCCAUUUGACCCCAUCCCUCCUGUGGCAGCUGACAUAACUCAGGAAUCAUGGCUUAUUUGCUUUGAUGAAUUUCAAGUUACAGAUAUUGGGGAUGCAAUGAUUCUAAAGAGGCUGUUUACACAAUUGUUUGAUAAUGGUUGUGUGGUAGUAGCUACAAGUAAUAGGAAGCCAGAUGACUUGUACAAAAAUGGCUUGCAGCGGUCCAACUUCUUGCCUUUUAUACCAAUUCUUAAAGCUCAUUGCAAUAUCAUCCAACUGGAUUCCGGAAUUGAUUAUAGGAUACGUGGAUCUGGUAGCAAAUAUGGAAAAUAUUUUAUAAACAGUGAACUUACACCAGGGAAUAAUGCUGUAGACAAUUGUUUUAAGCACCUUGCUUCAAAGGAGACUGACACAGUGAGAGUUCGAGUAAUAAACAUUCUUGGAAGGAAUGUCAAGUUUGCCAAAACUUGCGGACGUGUUUUAGAUUCCACCUUUGAAGAAUUAUGUGAUAGACCAUUAGGAGCCAGCGAUUACCUCGUGAUAUCUAAAACUUUUCACACUGUAUUCAUAAGAGACUUGCCACAGUUAUCUAUCGUGAAACAUAGGUCUCAAAUAAGAAGAUUUAUUACUCUUAUUGAUACUUUGUAUGACAACAGAGUACGGACUGUCAUUGCCGCAGAUUGCUAUCCAAGGGAACUUUUCUAUUUAGACGAAGUAAAAGAUGAAUAUGGCGACGCCGACAGAGCUUUAAUGGACGACUUAAGCAUUACAAAAGACUCGGAAGACGCAAAAGCAGCUAUAUUCACAGGCGAAGAGGAGAUGUUUGCUUGCGAUCGGUGUCUAUCCCGCAUUAUGGAAAUGCAGACAGAUGAAUAUUGGGAAAAAUGGGGAAAGCACCUUAAUUAAACCGAUAGAAAAAUUGUUGCAAUAGUUACGAGUAGGUAGAUAGAAGUUUGAACAAAUUUUUAUUGAUAGGCAAAACGAUAACCUUUGCAAAAUGAUACUUAAGUAGGUACAAUUUUCCAAAACUUAAUCAAGUAGCACAUAUUUGUGAAACCAAAAUGUAGUUAACUCACCUUAAACAAAUAAUAGUUUCAUUAGUCCCAAUAUUAAUUAAUUACAGGAAAUAAGUUCCUUUACAUUUUUUUAAUAAUUUCACUAUGCCAGUCUAAGAUACAUCGAACUCUGUUUUAUUUUAUUUAGAACAACAUUAUUGGUAGGUAGCUUACUUAUUUAGAAAAGGUUUGCUUCAUAAGUUACACGCAUAAAGAAUAUUAACUAGUUUUGUUAAUUUUAUGGUGUUCAAAUCGUUUGUAAACGCUAAAUUGUAUGUUUACCACAAACAUAAAAUUUAGCGUUUACAAUACACGGCGUCAGGUAAAAAUAACUCCGAUCUUAAACUUUCGCAAUGGGUUAUCGAUUUAUUUAGGUACGUAGCGAGGCGCGACGACGGAGGUGUCUGUGCCGCCGUACUAUUGGUCCGCCAGUCAGUAUUUUGUUACCCGCGCUAAAGUAUACUACAUAUUAUAGGCAAACAUAUCCCCCUUACGACAGUCCAGCCCGGCUAGCAUGGGCAGUUGAUAAAAAUUAUAUCCCCCGAUUAUAUCCACCGAUGUUAUAGAAAUCAGUGGAUAUAAUCGGGGAUAUAAUUUUUAUCUACUGCCCAUGCUAGGCGGGCUGAGGGUAUUUUUUUUUCCCUGUCGGCAUAAUGGGUGUAUGAGGUGUUCGAUUGAGUGUAAGAUUUUUCGAAAGGACGAAGAGCCAUUACACGUAUUCUUUACGAGUGUUAUGCAUAAAAGUAUUUUUAUUAUCAUAUAUGUAGAUGUACAUAUAAUAAAAAAUAUUUAAGUGCACUUUUGUGUAAUUUAUAGGUACAUAUUAUACCUACUGUAGUUAAUUUAAUAGAUAGAAAAUCAAUGGUACCUACUGAUUCUGAUGGCAACUAAAUUUUAGAGCAUUCACACUUUUCUUACCAUUGAAAUAAGAAAAGGACAUUGACACAACAGACAAACUAAAUUAUUACAUUUUAAAACUGCCAAACCUUGUAACUUUAGGUGUCUUGAGCAUAGUGUUUGUAGAGUAGCUCUAAAAAGAGUUAAAAUUAGUUUUCUGUUAUUUUUAAGCAAUAU